UAAGUGUGAAGUCAAUGAGCGAUUCGGGUUUUUUCAGUUUGUUGGCCUUUGGUACAGUUUGGUGAAGCGACGCGUCGGCUAUAGUUAAGUACAGUUCUUCCGAAUAGUUGUUUGCAUUCUGUUGUUGGCCGGCCCGGUUUGGUUCUUGACUACAAAGUGCUGUGCUACGAAGUAUAAACGAGCCGUGUGGUGUGUACUGUGUGGUGGAUCCGGUGUAUCCAAUUUUCACGCUGGUUCCGCCAGAAAGGUCGCCGAAUUCAUCGCGAGCAGUCGCGAGUGACGUGCGUUACAUACAAAAUACCACAUUUAUCUGAAAAAACUGCUACAUAUCCACCAUGAGUGCUGAAGAAGAGGUUCUGCGAAUCCAGAAAAAACUGACUAAAAUGUCCAACGGCGACGGAUCGGGCCAAGAACAAGCAUUGGACUUGCUCAAAACUUUACAAAAGUUGCCGGUAAAUUUGGAUCUUUUGACGAAAACUAGAAUCGGAAUGACGGUCAACACUUUCCGAAAAUCGAGCCAGGACGAGGAAGUAAUUUCGUUAUCAAAGGUUCUCAUCAAGAACUGGAAAAAGUUCUUGUCCACAGAUAAAGGCAAAGACUCGAGUUCAUCGAGUAGUUCUAAAAAAAAGGAGGAGAAAUCUGAGAAAAAUUCAGACGACAGCGAUUCGAAAAGGGAGAAGGAAGUUUCAGAUGGCGAUGUGAAGAUGAAGGAAGAGAAAUCGAGUAAAGAUGAGAAGAAAAAACAAACCUCAUUCCCACCUCCAUCCACAACUGACGCUGUGAGGCUGAAGUGCAGGGAACUGCUAGCAAACGCUUUGCGCGUUGAUGGGCAAACUUUUGAAGGUUGUGCGACGCCUGAAGAAUUGGCGGAGGAAUUGGAGGAUGCAAUUUUCCAGGAAUUCAGAAACACGGAUAACAAGUACAAAAAUAGGGUGCGCAGCAGAGUUGCGAAUUUAAAGGAUUUGAAGAAUCCCACCCUGAGAACGAACUACAUAAUUGGAGCGAUAACGGCAGUUCGUUUGGCGAGGAUGACUGCCGAAGAAAUGGCGAGUGACGAGAUAAAACUCCUGCGCGAACAAUUCAAGAAAGAAGCAAUCAACGACGCCCAAUUGGCAACUGUGCAAGGAACAAAGACCUCCUUGCUCAAGUGUGGCAAGUGCAAAAAGCGAAAUUGUACUUACAAUCAAGUACAGACGCGUUCGGCGGAUGAACCGAUGACAACUUUUGUCCUCUGCAACGAGUGUGGAAAUCGGUGGAAGUUCUGUUAAAAUUGGAACAAAGAAAAGGAAAAAAAAAAAUAUUGAUUCUUCCACUUUUUGAUCCUCAUUUUCUGAAAAAUCAAACCAUUGUAAGUACUGGUCUUGACAUCAGUACGAAAGCCAAGACAUUUUUGGUUUACUUUUCACAAUUGGAUUGAAACUGCGAAGAGUAAAAAUUUAAUUGUGUUUUAUACAAUCACCGUGGCAAUGGAGAUAAUCAUGAAAAUCAUUGAUUCUCCGAAUUUUGUAAUUUGAAAAUUGCGUUUUAUGGGCAAUGAUUGUCAGAGAAAGCGAUAGAUUGCUUUUUGUCAAGGGGAAUGAAUUUUUAGCAUUAUUAUUUAAUUGAGGGUAACAAUUGCAUAAACGAUAUUAUUUAUGUGUGUACAUAGAGAGUGUGAUACUCUGAGAUACGCUAAUUUCAGUGUAAAAUCCCGUAGCUUUUAUAUUGUCAGAUAAGCCCCUCUUCUUCUUUCUAUUUUAAUCAGUUUUCAAACUCUUGUUGCGCGCAUUUUUUAUCAAGAUCCGAAAGACUGAAUAAUCGCGUUGCAGACUAUUUCUUUCGUCUGACAAACCUUUCCCAAUUUUUUCUGGAAAGAAUUUUAGGAGUUGUGAGACAUUUAUUUUUAUUCCAUAAAAUGUCGGAAGUACACUUAUUUAGUGAGAUGACUAUUUUAAAAGUAAGACACGACUCCUGAAAGAAGAUUUUGGAAAUUAAAAAAAUAUAUAUUGUGACCUGCUAAGAUUUUUGAAAUAUGUAUCGAAAGUUUAAAACUGUCAUUGUUGUAUCGCUCGAGGUAUCACCUAGAAAUCUUUUUAACUUUAUCAAACAUUUCAUCAACUGUAGAAUUUUCUAAUUGAAUUCGAGUAUACUUUGACUUGUAUAUUUUUUCAUUCCGUUCCCCGGGACGGGAGAGUUGGAGACUAAAUAAAACUACUAUACAAACAA